AUGAAUGACGAUACGUUCGACAACCGAAUGAUAUCAACUCGUCGGAAUAUCCGACAACGUUGUCAAUUGAAAUAUUCUCGACAUGGAGCACUCACAUGGGACAAAUGGACAGAACAUGAUUGCAUAUUUUUCUCAUAUGUCGAUGCGAAUGGUAAUCAACGGAAUCAACUUGAACUACAUUCGAAAAAUAAUCUUCAUAAGCCAAAUGGAAAAAUAAUCGAUCUUCAACAACUUCAAUCCCUCACUUGUGUACACGGAAACACGAAUAAGGACGAACCGAAAGAUAUUCUCAUACUUAAAAUCGCCAGUAAACGACAUCGCCUUGGUUUCGACAAAGUUUAUGAUUACAGUCAAUGGAAAAGUCUUCUAGAUGGGGUGUAUAACUCAACAUGGGAUAUGACGAAUUCGAGUCAGACAAAUGAUAGCGCCGCUGUGAAUAUGUUUUAUGAAUCGGUGAAUGCUCGACGAUAUCGUGUACGAUUUGCUGAUUUAGAAACACAAGAAAUUUUAGUAUUACCAUCGAGUGAAUGUGAAUUAGUCUUCGAUGUUGAUAAAUUAGUUCUUGAGCAAUAUCAUGAUAAGCAGUACACCUUUCCUCGGUCAACAAUUCGCACGAUGCGUUUAAUUGAUGACAGUACACUGGAAUUAGAAUUAGGCUCACGUGCGCCAGUUCAGGGUUUCAUACGUUUCCGUUUCGAUUCACCUGUUGAUGCCCGAUCAUGUUAUUCACAAUGGAAUGAAGGUAUGUCGAUUAGAAAUCCAUGCGAUCAACAACUUAUAUCUGAGAAACAAACUGUACAACACCUAGAACCAUCUAUACAUUCAACACACGUUCCCUUGCAACCACAAUCUAGUUACCAAUACCAACCACCGCGACCUCCACCAAAGAAUAUCUCGAAAGGUUCAUAUUACAAUUCCGAAACGUCGUCUUCAUUGGUGACGACGACUCGUUUACCACCAAGGGAAUGUUCUUCCUUUCAAACACUUGUCUGA